AUGGCGAGGCUUAAAGAGCUGCUUUUGGAAACACUGGAAGAUUUGACCAAUGAAGACUUCAAAUCUUUCAAGUGGCACCUGACUGUUGUCAAGGAUGGUUUCUCCCCUAUCAAAAGGUCCCUCCUAGAGGACAAAGACAGGCAUGACACAGUGAAUGUGAUGGUGCAUAAAUACAACCAACAGGCUGUGGAGGUGGCCGAGAAGAUUUUAGGGAAGAUUGGCAGGAAUGAUCUGGCUGUGGAGGUGGCCAAGAAGAUUUUAGGGAAGAUUGGCAGGAAUGAUCUGGCACAGCAUUUGUCAAGGAGAAGCUUAGAAGUAAAAGUUGUGGAUAUUCCAGUGCUGAAGCCUCAUCAACAGAUCAUACAAUACCAACGGAAAAUCCAAUCUUACCUCCAGAACGAGUUUACAUGUGCUCAAGAGGGCAUGACCGACAAGAUGGAUCAGCAGUGUCUGGAUGACAUCUUCACAGAGAUGUUUAUCACAGCUGGGGGGGAACUACACAUCAAUGAACAGCAUGAGGUCAUGCAGAUCGAAAUAAAAGGGAGGGUAGCAGGGACAGAGACACCAAUUGAACCAAGUAAGAUAUUCAUAAGUGCUACCGGAAACCACAAGCCCAUAAGAAUGGUGCUGACGACUGGAGUUGCAGGAAUUGGCAAAACAUUCCUUGUGCGAAAGUUUGUGUUGGACUGGGCCAAGGGAAGGACGAAUCAAGAUGUGCACCUUAUAUUCCACUUCACCUUCCGUAAACUGAAUUUGCUGAAGGGAGAAAAGUUUCGUUUGGCAGAGUUAAUCCACCAAUAUAUCAGGGAAACCAAAGACAUCCCGAAGCAGGAACUUGAUGUCAUCUUUACAAAACUACAGGCAUCAGGAAACUGUGAUUUUAAUGAGAGUGAAUUCAAACUUCUGUUUGUGUUUGAUGGACUGGAUGAAAGCCGCCUUCAGCUGGAUUUUACCUGCAGUGAACAGCUGCCAACUGACUUUGAUGUGACACAGUCAACCUCAGUGGAUGGGCUGCUGACUGCCCUCAUUGAGGGGAGACUGCUUCCCUCAGCUCGCGUCUGGAUAACUACACGGCCUGCAGCAGCCAAUCAGAUCCCUCGAGACUUUGUUGACUGCAUGACAGUGGUGAGAGGAUUCACUGAUCCACAGAAGGUGGAGUACUUCAGGAAGAGAUUCCCAGAUGAAGAGCAAGCCAGCAGAAUCAUCUCCCACAUUAAGGCAUCACGAAGCAUCUUCAUUAUGUGCCACAUCCCAGUCUUCUGCUGGAUCACUGCUACAGUUCUCAAGGGUGUUUUGAAGACCAGAACACAGGCAGAGCUGCCUAAAACCCUGACUGAGAUGUACACAGAAUUCCUGGUGUAUCAGAUCAAACAGACAGGAGACAGAUGUGGCACAAAAAAGAGCAUUCAGUACAUCCAUUCAUUGGCAAAACUAGCUUUUCGCCAGCUGGAGAAAGGCAACCUCAUCUUCUAUGAGAAAGACCUGAAAGACAGUGGCAUUAAUAUCCGUAAAGCCGCACAGUACUCUGGAGUUUUCACAGAAGUCUUCAAAGAAGAGCAUAAGUGGAGGGACAACGACAAGGGUAGGAUGUUCAGCUUUGUCCAUCUGAGCAUUCAGGAGUAUCUGGCUGCUCUUUAUGUGGUCAUGUCGCUCAUUAACAACAACAAGAAUGUACUGUCUGAGCCAGAUCUAACACUGGACAGUCUUUGGAUGAUUUGCAAGAGGAAAUGCAUCACAGAAGUCCACGAGAUUGCAAUUGACAAAGCCUUGAAGAGUUCAAAUGGGCACCUGGACUUGUUCCUACGCUUCCUCCUGGGCCUCUCCCUGCAGACCAAUCAGGAUCUCCUCAAGCGCCUGUUAAAGAUGACAAAAGGGUUCUCUCAGACCAGCCACAAAACAAUCCAGUCCAUCAAGGAAAGGAUCAGGCAGAAUAAAUCUCCAGAGAGGAGCAUCAAUCUGUUCUACUGUCUGAAUGAGCUGAGAGAUGACUCUCUAGAGGAGGAGAUCCAACAGUACCUGAGUUCAGGAAGGCUUUCAACAAAGAAUCUCUCUCCUGCUCUCUGGUCAGCUCUGGUCUUUAUCUUGCUUUCCUCUGAAGAAGCGCUGGAGGUGUUUGACCUGAAGAAAUACUCUGCAUCAGAGGAGGGUCUACUGCGGCUGCUGCCAGUGGUCAAGGCCUCCAAGAAGUCGCUGCUAAGUGGCUGUAAAUUGUCAGAGAACAGCUGUGAAGCUCUGGCCUCCGUCCUUAGCUCUCAAUCAUCUAAACUGACAGAGUUGGACCUGAGUGACAAUGACCUGCAUGAUUCAGGAGUGAAGCUUCUCUCUGCCGGACUGGAGAGUCCACGUUGUGUCCUGCAAACUCUCAAACUGUCAGGCUGUAUGAUCACAAAGGAAGGCUGUGCUUCUCUUGCCUCAGCUCUGAAGUCCAACCCCUCCCACCUGAGAGAGCUGGACCUGAGCUACAAUCAUCCAGGAAAAUCGGGAGGGAAGCUGCUGACUGCUGGACUAAAGAAUCCAGAUUGGAGACUGGAAACUCUCAACCUCGACCAUGGUGGAGAGCAAAGACUGAAACCUGGUCUGAAGAAAUACUUCUGUGAACUCACACUGGAUCAAAACACAGCACACAGAAACCUCCAACUGUCCGACAACUCCACAAAGGCGACGACCAUUGAAGAGGAGCAGCGGCGGUGUCACCACCCACAUAGAUUUGACUGCUGGCUCCAGGUGAUGUGUGGCACUGGUCUGACUGGUCGCUGUUACUGGGAGGUCGAGUGGGAAGGCAAGGUUUAUAUAGCAGUGACAUAUGAAGGAAUCAGGCGGAAAGGUGAGGGAGCUGAUGGCUGUCUUGGAGCCAAUGAUCAAUCAUGGAUGCUGCUCUGUGACGAUGAUGGAAGUUACUCUGUCCGGCAUGAAGACAGAUCUACACCUAUUCGUCCCCCGCCGUCUUUGGCGUCAAACAGAGUUGCAGUGUUUCUGGACUAUCGUGCUGGCACUCUGACCUUCUCCAAAGUGACCUCUGACACACUGAUCCCCCUCCACACCUUCCACUCCACAUUCACUGAACCUCUUUACCCUGCGUUUGGUUUUGGCUUUGGGAAUGGAUUUGGAAGCUUUGGCUCCUCAGUGUCCUUAUGCGAGGUGGAAGACAGCGCCUCCUGCUGUUGA